AAACACAAAACACCACAAACUGCAUCGAACGAACCAGCAUCACAUUUGACAGCAUGCACUUGGAAGUGCAUUCAGGAGCUUGGAUUACAAUAUUACAACGAAUUAGGAAAGCUUAUUAACGCUUUAUACGAAAAGCGGACCGGAAAAUUGAUUUAAAGGUGUGGGAAAUAGACACUUUCAGCUUGUCUGGAAUCAUCAGCAAGCCUGCUUGUGUGUGGUAGCAGCAGACUUGUGGUGAUGCGCUUGACAGCCAUAUAGAAAGCGUCCUUCGGAUUUGCAUCUGGCAAAGCUGCGUUGUAAUUGUACAAAAAUUCGGAGUAAAAUUCAUCUUUUAUUUGAUAGACCAAACAAAACACAAAAAUGGCUCGCGGUCACCAAAAGAUUCAAUCGCAACAGAAGGCACAGGAAAAGGCGGCCAAGCUAAAGAAGCAGCAGGGCCACGGUUUGAGCGAUCAGAUGAAGGCGGCCCAGAAGGCGCUCGUGUUUUCCUGUGCCGUGUGCAAAUCCCAGAUGCCCGAUCCCAAAACGUACAAGCAGCACUUCGAAAACAAGCACCCCAAAAACGAUCUCCCCGCGGAACUGAAAGCUGUUUAACGGACCGAGCGAGCCAGCAGAGCGCUCCGCUUAUCCGAGAGGUUCGAUUCCGUGAAUUGCUUCAACGAUGGUGCAUUUUUCCCGAUCUAGUGCACGUGUGCAUGUAAAUACUGCGUUCCGGCUUGAGAUUAUUUCCUCCACUUUCCACACACAUACACAAACACACAAAAUAGGCGCAUUUAAGUUAGCACAGAGACGAUGAUCCGGAACGGUGCGUUACUUCCACGAUGUAAAUAGAUGGAAAGCGUUGGUGCGAUUUCUUCAGAUUACAUUUGUUUCCAAGCGAUUUUCACCAUUACCUGACCGAAACGAGUAUAAAAUAAAAGGACUAAUUGUAUACACAA